AAUUCUCUGAAAUGUGCUACAUCGAUAGGCGAAUGACCGUCUAUCCGUGAUAAGAACGGGUGAUUUUACGAUCGAAAUUAUCCUUACAAUUGUGUCCGAACGGUCUGUGUUUGAGCUAAUUAUUCGCAUCUGGAGUGAGUGGAUCGGACGCCGCGACACAACGAAAUAAACGUCGAAACGCUGGUCGCGUGUCACGAUGACACGACGCCUGAGAUGGUAAACAAUACAACGGGCGAGGGACUAUCGUCUAACGUACCCCAAUUACCGCGGCAUGCUGGGACCUUUCCGGGCCAACAAAGGAUCUGUGUCGUCAAUUAAAGUGAAACUGUUCGCGAAGUGUAGAAAACCUGAAGAUCGGGAUUGCUUCCGACCUAAUCGGGCGCGGAAUCAAACUCAACUGUUGCGGGUGGAAACUUCGUCGGAAACAGUGCAAGUGGGAAUCAACGUAUUCAAAGCAGUUGCCUAGUGAGAGUGAAUAAUACUGUGAAGGUGGAUACUGUGCGCACGGUGCAGGGUGCGGAAUGGAGCGGAAGAAGAAGUCCAGCCCUGGCAGCAAGGCGGGGACUUCUGGAGGAACAUGCAGCGGUGGCUCUACUGGCGAGGGGAGCUCGCAGUCCUUUGGGCCGUUGUCUGAUAACAGCACCGACUUGAAUCUGAGCCGAGGACAAGCAGAUGAUGCGAGUGACGGUCCAUCUACUUCGGCUAAAAAGUCGGAAAUGCCGCUCUAUCACAUAUUCUCCGAGGACUUGCGCAUCUCCAAAAUUCUUCGUCGACUUCGUUCGGAAACAAAUGGCCAAGCAGCAAUCGAUCUUUGCAUUAAAUUGGAACAAGUUAUCCAAGACCCAGCCAAUGCAGCCUACAUCCGUCGUGCAUUCGAUUGUCUCGCUGAAUCGCUUAUGACGGUGAUGAAUGAAGGACCAGAGGAAUGUUUAAGCCAUGUUACCGUUGUCUUUGGCGUGUUGGGCUAUGUGGUUCGUCAUGAUUUUCACAUUUACAAGAAUUGGAUCUUUAAAAAUUAUGACCAAAUGAAAAAUAUCAGGGGUCAUUUGAUCCGGGCUUUAAAAGUGACGUUGAAUUACGAUGUUGAGACUUUGGAACUUAUCAAUUACAGCGAUACCUUGAUAGAGACACUCAAGAACUUGCUGGAGAGUGCUGAUCAAGCUGAAGAUUUCAUAGCUUUAAGUGAUGUCAUUACACAAUUUUCAAGAAACUACAAGGAAUCCUUUGAAAAACAUUUCACAGACAUCGUGGACAUUGUGGUUGGAUGGCAUCUGGAAAUUGAGCAGACAAUGGAGCUGAAACAGCAUUGCUCGACUGUGUUGCAGAGCUUCUCGGAAUUUUUCAUAAAAAAGGACGAUUUUACUUUCGGAUUAAUGUCACAGUUUUUGGAAGACAUCACAGCUUUUGGUGAAGACAUUGAGAAUCCGAACGCCGCUGGGAGUAGAAGCCCCACAUUGGAAAAAGGACUAUCGCCUGAAGUUAGUGUUGGAUCAUUUAUAGGAGCCUUCAACUCAGUACUGAAGUGCUUAGCACUUGACACAGACAUCAGGACGUAUCACAUAACACCAACAUUUUUAGAGGAAUCGAUGGAGACGAUUUUAAGGGUCGCACAUCUCAGCUUAAGUGUGACACUGUGCCAGGAAACAGUGCUCGCGACUAAUGAGUUCAUGGUCUUAAUACUUUCAUGUUAUCGACACAAUGUUCAGUGCGAUUACAACAGGAUUUUUGACAUUAUUCAAUUGGAAAUGAAAGAGCUUCGGAAUUUCAGUGAUGCUCAGAUCAGCAGUUUCCUGUUUGUACUCCUCCACUACUCCAUGGAGCGCAGAACGAAUUUGCCAGUUGAAUUCAUCACCUUUCUGUUCCAGCCCAACAAUGCAGGCUUCAGCGAAUUGAAGUUGUCGUCGAACAAGAAGCACUACAAGAUCCUUUUGAAGUUGUACCAUGCAAUUUUGAUUAUAAAAAAUGUACCAAUCAUUCAAGAAGCUUACCGGCAUAUUUUGGUUGACAUCCGUGAGGCCCUGAAAUGUAUGCGACAGUUCAACGAGCACUCCUACACAGCUGAGCAAGCUGAAUGCAUCCUGAAUUUUUAUUUAUCCGCUAUUUCGGUCAUAGCGACCCAGACAUCAUCAAUAAUUGGGAUGUACGCGUUGCAACCAAGCAUCCUUGAUGUUCUCAUCAACGACCUGGAUUUGGCGAACAUGAGCCUCUGGGCGGAGAACCCAGUUCUACAUCAUUCUUGCAUUCACUUGUUGACUGUUCACUGUAUGAAGAAUAACAACUACGUUUUGUCGAGUAACUUGCUGAUUACUAAUGUAUUCAGUAAGCUUUCCUUAGACGAUAUGAGUCCUACGGCUGAAAACUUCUCAAUGAUAUUGAAAUUUCUGGGCCAGAUACUUCAGGCGAGUCAACUCUCUUCAAAGACAGUGUUUCGUUUGCUGAGUUGGGUGCAGUUUAUCUAUCAUCAAUGCGGACAAUAUUCGGAGACACUGAAGAGUAAUGCGUCUUUCACGGAGAUCGGAAAGAACCUUUGUAAGCUGUCAACUAAGAGCACCGCAAACAUUAUACUUGAGUGCGGCGAAUGCAUCGAUGUUUUGUUCGCAUAUGAACAUAUAAACGGCGAAAUUCUGAAUGCUAUCGGGGAGGCUUGCUGUAUCCAUAUGCGGUCGACUGAUCACUACGUGCGUGAGCUCUAUGCUAAAAUUUUCGCGAAGCUUCCUUUAAAUGUGGCGUUGAAAGGGGCUCAAGAGAGCACUGGGGUCAUGAAAUGCAAAGACUUGGUAAUCAACGAUCUCAACCGCUGGUACAUCUUAUCACCGAUUUCAAGCAACUUCAGAGAAACCCAUUUUGUGAAUUUCUUUAAUUUGAUUUCAUUAAAAGAUUGCACGACGUUCAUUGAGAACUAUCUUUUGUCGAUUUUCCCCAAGUGUUGGGUGUCGCAGAGAGGGCGUGGUGCGGAAUUCUUCUCCUUGGCCCGAAACAAUCUAAACUACCUUUUAGCCUGGCUUGAGUGGGAAGUGGCAAUGUUUUGCGUUAACAACAAACUCCGCACGCCGCUAGGAAAGCCUCAAGAUACUCUUGUGAAUGUCGAGGCCUUGAUACGCGAGGCAAUCCAAGUUCUUAGUCGUAAGAAGUGUACCAAUUUGCAAGAUGUGGAGACGUUGAUAGCGAACCAAAAACAUCUGCGUGUACUUCUCGGUUUUCUAGAAUGCCUGGAAAAGGCGAUCUUCAACGCAGCUGAGGGGUCUGCUUUUGCUAUACCGAUGCCAGAAAAGCCGGUUCGAAGCUUUUUCAAGAUAAACACGCCGACGUGCAGGGAAUGGUUGAACAGGACUCGAACUGCAGUGGAUUUACUUGCGCAGCACUCGCUCGAACCAGAAAUGAUAAUGAGAUGUUCGGAAACAAUGUUGAAUGUGAUGGUGACACUGGAUCGGAUACGCGACUUAGCUUUCGAGCACACGAUUAUGUUCUAUGUCUGGGGGUUGAUCAGAAACCAUGAAGCCGACUCCCUCCACGGACUCUACAUUUGGGCGAAACGUAUGACAGGCAAACGAUACACUUGGAUCAAAUACGCAUCAGAACACGCUGCAGGGCACAAAGAAAAAGCAGCUGAAGGAUACAUCACCCUUUUAUCAGAUAGAGAGGACGAAAUUUUGGAGGAGCAUGUCCGGGACUUUGUUGCUGACAUGUUAAUGGAAUGCCUGUACUUCACUGAACAGUGGGAUCAGUUAAAGUACUUCCUACAGACCCGUCCGUCACAAUGUGAUCCUAAGCUCUCAGUUCCAAUUGUCUCACCUAAAUACGAUCAAGUGGAGUGCAUCCAAAUUUUCGAAGAGUCGGGUGACGCACAAGUAAUCAACCUGGCAAACUGGGAAGUUCUAGAUCGCGAAACUGAAGUGUCGAACUAUUGCUCGUUCAACGACCUGUUGACGAUCAGCGAAAACACACUAAUGAUUGCUGUCCUGGAAGAUCCUGACACUUUAGACGGCACACAAUUGAUGGCUUGCACAAAAGUUAUCCAAUCGGGCGUGGAAGAACUUCUACUCAAUAAAACAAAAGAUAGUCUGAACCACUACAUACUUCUCAAUCAUAUCGCACACAAGAUCAAAGAGACGCAAAACUGCUCAAAUCCCCGGAACGUGUGUAACCUGGAAUCGAUCAACAUUGACAAAACUUUCGGGUCAGCGACAAUUAAUCGUGUUUUCCGUUGGGCUGAGUAUCUUUCAAGUGCAUAUAAUCUAGAAACAAACGUAACUACGGACUUGUGCCUAAAAGCCGCCUCUGUCGCUCGGAAGGAAGGCAAUCUUAGAUUUUGUAAACAUCUUCUGGAGAAGGUCUUCAAGAAGGCUUGUCCAAAGCUACUUCAAACUGAUUUAGGUGAAAUUGGAAGAAUGCUAAUCACAAAUCGCCUAGAAAACAUCACUUGGAAUGGGGAGACAAUCCGUGCUGUGUACGAAGUGUCGAAAUGGCUGUACUGCCAAAACGACAAACAAGAAGAGGCUAUUCAGUUGGAAGCAACUUGCUGUCUUGGAGCUUUAACUGCUGGAAAAGCUACGGAAGAUGUAUCACGUUCCCUACUCACACUGUCGGAUUGGGUAGGCCAGAACCCUGAACGCAUUCUAUCACUAAGGGACAGCCAAGCUUUGAGAACUUUGUUGAGUGAGAUUCCAGCGAUUCAAACCUAUUCUGAUGAGAAUAUUGAUGCUGUGAUCCCCGAACUAGAUAAAGCAGUUGGCAAACUUAUUCAGUGCAGUACACAAAAGUGUCCGGAUUUGGCUAAAACUUGGAGUGCUCUAGGAUCUUGGUCGUAUCGGUGGGGCCGGAAAAUAUUUGAGCAACGCACUUCAGGAGGAUUACGGCCCUGCGAUAUAGAAGCGAUUCAGAGCUUGAUUCCCGACGGAUCGGCUGAAGAUAUCAAUGAAAUCGUUGCGGUCUUAAGCCAGCAUGAAGUUUUAGGCGAUGAUGAAGAAAUCGAUCCUAACGAAGCCAGUUCCACCGAGAUCAUAGAAAGCCAAUUGCGAAAUAUUCCGAUCUUGGAAAUUGUCGAUACCGGGACGAUACAAUCAAUAGUUGGAAUCUGGAGACAGGCUCAUAAAUCGGUAUAUGCCUACUAUGAGUUAGCCGCAAGCUCGUAUUUCAAAUUCUUAAAUUUGGCAUCCGCAUCUGACGAAGCAGGUAAGAACGGCGACUGCUCGACCGUAACAGCUACACUGCGCUUGCUUCGGUUGAUAGUUAAGCACGCUCUAGGCUUACAGGAGGUUCUCGAAGAAGGGCUCGCAACAACUCCAACUCGUCCCUGGAAAGUAAUCACACCACAGCUCUUCAGCCGACUAAAUCAUCAUGAACUAUACGUGAGAAAGCGUGUUUCGGAGCUCUUAUGUCGCGUGGCAAAAGACUCACCACAUCUGAUCAUAUUCCCAACAGUAGUUGGUGUCGCUGAGAAAAUGUUCGAGGACUUCGACGAAAGGAAGGAAAGCAAUAACGCUUUGACCAGCUGCUUUAACUCUCUUCUAGAUACGUUAUCUACGCAAGCUCUAGACACAGUGAAGCAAGUUCUGCUUUUGGUCCGCGAACUGAAACGGAUAACGAUGCUUUGGGAUGAAUAUUGGUUACAUUCUUUGGCGCAACUCUUCAAUGAAUAUUCAGAAUUAUUUAGAACCUUCGAGGCUGAAGCUCGGAAAAGUAAGUCCGACAACUUGACCCUGGUGACUGAAAAACAUCGCAUACUAAUGAGUCACGUUGUUGGUGACCUGAACCGAAUAGCCAAAGUCACUAACCGACCACCCGAGACGAACUAUGAAAAAAAUUUCCAAGAAAAGUAUGGAAAGAUGAUUUCGGCCACAAUCGAGGAUGUCGGCGCACCGUUUGAUCCAGACAAACCCAGUGAAUCGAUGCACAAACUCAAGCAAUUGUUCCUGAUUUUCCAGCAAAGAGUGCAGAAGGCGUCUCAGUCUGCAUUAAAAACAUUUGAUAUCAGUCCAGCUCUCGCAAAUCUGACCAACACAGCUAUUUCGAUGCCUGGCGUUGAAGCAUCAGAUAAUGAACAGGUGCUCAUAAAUUCAAUGGACACCGUCGUCUAUAUACUUCCCACCAAAACCAAACCUAAGAAGUUUGCUUUCUUUGGUAGCGACGGGAAGCGCUACACAUAUCUCUUCAAGGGUUCGGAGGAUCUGCAUUUGGAUGAAAGAAUUAUGCAGUUUUUAGCUAUCGCCAAUACGAUUAUCUCGAAACCAGUAGAGUAUAAUGGUUUCACUCCGAAUUACAGAGCGCAUCAUUAUUCUGUUAUACCUUUGGGCGCUCGAUCCGGUUUGAUAAGCUGGGUCGACGGAGUCAUGCCCAUUUUCGGGCUCUAUAGAAAGUGGCAACAGCGUGAAGCGUCUAGUCCUAAGAAAGACAAACCCUAUGUAGUAAUGAGACCUUCCGAAAUGUUCUAUAACAAACUGACCCCUCUUAUCAAAGACCUCAAAUUGAAAAACGCAAAUUGCCGUAAAUACUGGCCGCUUAGUGUUCUUCGUCAGGUCUUGGAUGAACUCAAAGAAGAAACGCCGCGAGAUUUAUUGUCGAAAGAGUUUUGGUGCUACAGUAAUAACGCUGCAUCCUGGCGUCGUGUUGUUCGUACUUAUGCAGUUUCGGUUGCUGUUAUGUCGGUUAUUGGUUACGUAAUCGGUUUGGGUGAUCGUCAUCUGGAUAAUAUUUUAGUGAAGUUGUCGACCGGUGAAAUUGUUCAUAUCGAUUACAAUGUCUGCUUUGAGAAGGGCAAGACAUUGAGGGUUCCGGAGAAGGUUCCGUUCCGAAUGACUACGAAUUUAGAGGCAGCCUUGGGUGUAACUGGAGUUGAGGGUACAUUCCGUUUGGCGUGCGAGCAUGUCCUCAAAACACUUCGCAAGGAACGUGAAACAUUGUUAACACUCCUUGAAGCCUUUGUCUAUGACCCAUUGGUGGAUUGGGCGGUAAGUGAUGAUGGGACAACGUCCAGCCCCAGGGUCACAUCGGUUUUAGCUGCUGCUGCUGAUAUAAUGGCAUUGACAGCGAAUGCAAAUGCAGCUGCUACGGAAGAAGCAGCUGGCGGAGCAGCGGACGGAGGAAGUGAAGCUGGGCGUCAAGAAGGUGGAGGCCCAUCACAACCAGGAGCUGAAACACAAGACCCAUCCAACAUGCCUGGCACUAGUAAAGACGUCACUGGACCGACAAAAGCCACUUCGUCGGAUAAAAAGGAAGGUGGCAAGAAACUCUCUGGAAAUGAGGUCAUGCGAGAUGCAUUAGUGUCACGUUUUGUUGAAAUUAAACCGGAAUGGACGCAGUACAGGAACGAUAUACAGGAUCAACUUCGUGAAAUGAUACAAUUCCUCGACGACUUAGAGAUGCAACGUGAGCAGAUGAUUAAGGACGAAGACGAACGCGACCUACUUACCAAACAAAUGGCCACUGUACACGAGGUUGAAUCACUGGGUGCAGCUAUGAGUAGCCACCCAAUUAAUACCUUAUCUCAGCGUUACAGUGUCUAUCGAAAAUGUCUCGAAGAGCUAGAGAACGCUAAAGAGCUUCUCAUCGAUACAUACCGCGAGAGCAUAGACGACAAGCGAACUUAUCUGACAACUAUAGCAGAUGACUACGAAGCAAACCUGAACGACAUGAAAAUUACUUUGAAUAAUCUGUUGCAAAUAGAAAUGCCAAGUGAAUUCGAGUUUGUCAAGGAUCUUCUUAAAAACAGCGCCCAGGAAGCAAUGUAUCUGCAAGCGGAUCAAGCCAGAAAGGAGCUGGAUGCCUCUCUUGUCCAGCAGUCCUUCUUCAUAAAAGUAGGGCUCGAUGCGUUACUGCAAUACAAUAAUGUGGUAAGUUACCUUCCGCAACGUGAAGUGGAAAAGCAACGAUGGUUCCAGUAUGAACGAUGGUCCCAAAAUGCGAUAGAAGAUCCCGAAUCUUCGGAUGAUGUUUUGAGAGAGUUGGAUGAAGCGCUUGAGGAGGAACGAACCAGAGCUAACGCUGCGAAUAUUUUGAAGUAUGCAUAUGAACUGGAAAAUAUGUGGAUUGAUGCGACUUUCUCGAUUCGUCAACAAUACGAAACUUUGCAUGGUCAGCUAACAGACAGCAGUGGUUUACUAGAGGAUGCAAAUAACUGUGCGAAACAAUACGUUGAAAGCGAUAUCACCUCAAUGAAAGCCAUGCACUGUGUCUACCUAACUCUGCUGCUUGACAUUCGCCAACAGUUGCAUUCAACCGAACAGGGUUCGCUACGAACAAUUACAGAUCCCUUUUUGGUGCUUACCGAGCAACUCAGCCACAUUCACCUUAUAACCGAAACGUCGACAAUUCUAUUCAUUAACACGCCAAUCUUCCGCUACCUGAGUCACUUCAUCGAGCCCCUGAUGCGGCUUCGUGCCGCCCUGGAAUCACUAAAAGAUCUUGAAAUCUACUUCAAAACCGAAGUUAUACCGCACAUCAUCCAAACGGUAAUGGUUAACCGAACAGCGCUGGCAAAAGGAUUCCAGAAAUUAAAAGAGCUUCAAGCUGACCUGCAAACUAUGUUGGAAAAAUUGGAGAACGAUUUGAAUUGCGAGAUGGAUAGUCUUCAGAUUUUAAGGAUCACACGAAGCGUUCAGGAAAGUUUGAGCCAGGAGGAAGCCUCAUUUUUCAUUGAUUUCGAGAAGAUGUUCGGUCGCGUGUUGAAGAGCUUGGAGGUUUGUUAUGUGGAGAUGGCCAGGCUUAAGUAUAUGAUGAAGGCGGAACACUUGCCGGAUCCGUUUUUAAGCAGUGUGACUUUGGCUGUUUUCAAAAAAUACACCCACCACUCAUUGCGUCAACAGUUCAAAGUUCGUAAGCUCCAAGCCCUGGUUCACACAAUCCGUGAGACUGAACGUUUGUGCAAUUGCCUCCUGAAGAGUGAUUUGGACACGGUCUUUGAUCACAAAUUGUUAUAUCAACCAAUUGGGAUAUUUGUGUUUGAAUUCCAAAGCAAUUUUCUGUUUGGAAUGGGUCCUUAUCUGCUGUCGAUGUUCACUAACGAGCUGUUCUGUCGUACGAGUGAGUUAAACUUGCAUACGAUAACCCUCGAAAAAGCUAUCCCUGCAAUAAUUGAGCAAUACCAUGAUUGCAAUAGCUUCACCGGACCACAGUAUGUCUUAGCGCAGGGUCUUUGUGCGAAGCUUUGCCAAGCAAUUAAACAGAAACACCAAACGGAACGCAUAAAGGAAGCAAUCAGAAUACAUAAAAUUGUUUCAACCCAAUCACAGCUGCUCAGCUCCGUCCACAUAUGGGUUAAUGAGCGGUUCCUACCAUUGCCGCUCCCAUUCGCACACAUUAUUCCUAGAAAUGUUCUUCUGACAAACUUCCAAAACGCCAUCCAGAAUUUAGGUGCUUGGAAGAUAUCGAUACAGAAGAUUUGUGAUGAGGUCCUGAGUUUUAACAAAGCAAUCGUGCAACGUUUGAAAUGGGCCGUUGGCGCGAAUCCUUCGCUCAAUGGCUUGCAACGAAGCUUUCUGGAAUGUGUAGAGAAACAGGAGCUCAAAUUCAACGAGCAUUCCGAGAUAGCUUCAGGAGUGAUGAUUCAAUGUGCAGCAGUAAUUGCUUACGAGAACGUAAAGCGAAAUGCAAUCGAGCUAACGGAAAAUGAUGAAAAUUUCACUCUGCUUAUCAACGAGCUGCGACUGAAACAUAAAGCCUAUAAGCAAGCAGCGGCAGUGAUCACACCUAUCGAAGAAGCCCUAGUUCAACUACUUGAUCCCGAAGGCCCCGUCGACCAGUGUUGGAUCAACAACGUAUCAGGACUUCUCGAUGAGAUGACUGAUGCAAUGCAGAGGAAAAUAUCUUCUCUGGAAAAGGAUCUAGUCACUACCCAGGACAAUCUGCAGUUGAGCGCUCAUAAGCUUAGGUCACUGCUUGAUAAUGAGUUGCGAAUGGACGUUCGCUACUUGCUAAAGUCCAUUCUCAAAAUCGAUAAAAACGACCACACGACAAAUUAUAAGCAAUUCCAAAUUAACUACAAACAGUUUUUAUCGCGCAUCAAUGACUUGCACAUGAAAGUGUUGAGCAAGGACUUCACUGAAGAGAUUGUCACCGAAAUUAGAAAUAUAAUCGCUGAAUUGAUAGAUGAGCUUGAAUACGUCUAUAGGCAGUUGUUGCAAUUGCUGGAUGUGGAUGGUAAAGCGGGGAAUGAAGGACCAAUCGAAAGAAGAGAGGGGAAACUGCCAGGAUCACCUAUGAAGGAAAAGAAAGCUAACCAGCCCGAGCAAAAACGCAACGCCUACGCCGUAUCUGUAUGGCGUCGAAUCCGAAUGAAAUUGGAAGGACGCGAUCCGGACCCAAAUCGUCGUCUAACCGUAGCCGAACAAGUUGAUUGGAUGAUUCGCGAGGCAAUGAAUCCAGACAAUUUGGCAGUCCUCUACGAAGGAUGGACACCGUGGGUCUGAAGGAAGCACAACACCAGCUAAACGGAAGCUUUAAAUCACAAGCUUCGCGGGUAUUCAAUUUCAAGAAUUUUUUUUGUUGUACGUGAACGGACCAAACAUUCACAAACAAACAAAAAAAAAAACUACAAGAGCAACAUCGAACAAAACUACAAAACCCCCAUUACAAAAAAAAAUAUCAACUCAGCAAAAAAAUUCAAAAAAAAAUUGUCAUAAAACUGUGUGCACUGCAAGGGCAUUGUUGUAAUCUCUGGUGUGCUCUGCUUGCUGCAUUACAUGUUAGUGUGCGCUCUUCGGAUCGGAGAGUAGCAGUAUUAAGUGACGCGUUGCAGGUCCGGUCGAUGCAUAAUUCCAAACAACUUUAUGAAGCGCGAAAAUUCCUCCCCCUCCCCUGCCCUUCCCCCCUUCCUUCUCUGGAUUCUUUGGUUUCCGCCCCCCUUUUUUGCUGCAAAUAAUAACUCGUGCUGCUGGAGGGUUUGCCAUACCCCCCAGCGCCACUAAAACUCCGAAAAUAUUAAUCCCUUCCAUAUUUUUGGCUUGACGACUCUUGCUUUUGAUAGUAACCCUUGUCUUCUGUUCGCCUCCCUCCCCCCUUGUAGCUUUAAAAAUGCUUUAAAAGAUGUCGGCAUGUCUUUUUUCCUGGAAAAUUCGAGCUCGUAUCGUAUCAGAGUGCACAUUGCUGAAGGUCAGAAGUUGUGAAGGCAAAUGGAAGCAAAUUUUGUUCGAAAUUCUUGUUAAUUUAUUCUGCAGUCGUCUCGAUUUUGUUUGGAUUGAUUACUGUUGCGAAAAAUGGCAAAUUGAAACACCUCUUUGUCUACAACAUCUAAGUCGGGAACAGUUUCUUAUACAGUCCAAAAAGCGACUCAAGGAUUUGUGUUUAUUUAUUGGAGCGGAUGGAUCAGUAGAGUAACUUUAACGUCAGUAGCUGUCUUAAUGGGAAACCCAACAAAAAAUGUCUUAGAGAAUAUGAAUUUGCCUUUACGUACAUGUGGUCAAUGGAAAUUAGAUGCUUCUAUUUGAAUUCUGUUUUUAUUUAGUAACUCUUUACUUUUAUUCUUCUUUUAAAAUAAAAUUCUUUGUGAAA